AUGGGUGCUUGUUGCAGCAAGACGAAUCCAAUUUCUUCUACGCCUACCCCACACGAAGUUGAAAUCAAACCUCAGCAACCAGAGAAGAAGACCAAGACUGCUGCCGUCGCCAUUGUUACUACAGCUAUAGAGCAACAAGUUCCCAAGAAGGAGGUUUUGGUCGUCAAACAUCGGAAGAGUCAUGAAAUUGAUAGACACCCAGAUCAAGAAACCCGCAAAUCGAUGGACAGGAAGAAAACCCCCAAUUCCUUUCCUACUACCGAUGUUUCCCAAUCGGCCACCACCGUCGCCGCCGUUUCUAAUGGUGAGUCGGGGAAAGCGGCAGGUGCUACGGUGAGAACCUCUAGUUGUACCAAAGAAGAGGUGGAUGCGAUACUCAUACAAUGUGGGAGGCUUAGCCGGAGCUCCUCCGGUGUAAAGCCUGCAGCUGCUGAAACUCCUACCCGCGGCCGGAGGUAUUCGGGUUCGAAGAGGAGUUAUGAUUUCGAUAUGGAAAUGGGUUCUAAGAAUGAUGAUGAUGAUGAGGUGGUGGUGGUGGAUGGCGACCACCACAGGCGUCGACCGCAGCGGGAGCCUAGGGUUUCAUCUCCUUCUUCCAGAAGGAGGAGUAGAGAAAGAGAUCCACAACAACAAAGAUCUGGAAGUAAAGAAAGGGGAAGUGGGACUGGCAAUGGCGGUGGCAGGAGAGUAAGCAGAUCCCCAAAUAGAAGAUCGGAAUCACCGAAUCCUAAUUCCACCGGCAGCAACGCCGCCGCCGUUGGGGGUAGUAACAUUAGGCCUGGUAAGAUGGUCUCCGUACCUGCCACCGAUAAGACUAACAAUACUGGUGGUGGAGAAGUGGUUACUGGUGUUGCUACUGGAGUGAAGAGGAUUCAAGUGAAGCGAAACACCGGUGAGGCGGCCCGGACUGCUGCAUCUCCACGUUCUAGAUCUCCGGCGAGGGCAAACCUUAGGGUGUUAAACGAGAAUCAGAACCAGCAGCCAUUGACACUGAGUCGAAGCAAUUCCAGAAAGGCUGAGCAUUCUCCUUACAGAAGGAAUCCACUGGCUGAGAUUGACACCAACGCUACCGGAUCUGAACAACCGGCCAUCAAAGUACAAAUGCAGAAACCUAAUGGUGAGAAGAUGAUGAAUAACAAAACGCACAAUGUUGUUGUUACUAAAAACUGCAUAGCCAAAGAACACCAGAUGAUUGAUGAGGCUAAAAUCGCAGUCGAAAAUCCUAAAAUCGUAAGCAGAACUCGGUCCUCAAGGCUAUCUCGAGACCUAGAUAUCAACCCUGAAACUUUACUCAACCCAAACCCAACGUCCUAUGCUAGUUUAUUACUUGAAGAUAUCCAAAAUUUCCACCAAAAGACCACCACCACCACCACGACUGUGGCGGCGGCAGCAGCAGCUGCAGCGGCACCAUCAGCGUUCUCCCUCCCAGCUUGUGUGAGCAAGGCAUGUUCGAUUCUUGAAGCUGUAGCUGACCUGAAUUCCGCCACCAGCUCCAACGAGCGGCAGUUCAAGAAAGACAAUCUUGUGGAAUCUGAGAUGGUGGUUAAUGAUGAUCUGAUGGAACCAAGUCUCCACAAGUAUGUGACUGUUCGGAGGGGUGGUGAUGCAGAUACUGAAGAACAAGAAUCAUCAGGGAGCAAUAGCUUUGCUGGUAGUCAACAGUUGAGUUGGAUGUCAUCUUCUUGGGAGCCAAAUUCUGCUGAUUCCUCAAAUUGCUGGAGUUCUUCAAGAUCAAAUGCCCGAGAUACCGAACUUCUGAGAAGUGGGGAGUAUCCAAGAAAUGGAGUUGGACGUGGGCGAGUUGGCAGCCAUGGUAGAAGUGCUUACUCAUUGCCGAAUAACACUGCAGUUGCUUUAACCUAAUCUGUUUUCAACGAGAGCAAAUUUCUUUUGUUGGUUUGGUUGCAAACUUGCAACUGUUUCUGUAAGUCGAUAGAAUGUACUUGAUUCUUCUUUUAAUCUUAAAAGAACC